GCGAAGGAAGACGGAGGGGAUCGAACUCGCGUUUGCUAACAGCGGGUGGCCGGCAGCGAUCACAGUCGACAGUCGGAGCCGGUCGCUCGUCGUGUGAACGUCGUGACGUUGAUGUUUUUGUCGCGCUGUCUGAAAGAUGCGAACUAUCAAAUGCGUUGUCGCGCCUCACUCAUCGCUUGUUCAUUUACCGUAAUCGGAACGCGUUCGCGAUUGUGAUUAAUUUGUGCGCCGUUCGCAGCUAAGGCAAGUGUGUGUCAAGUGUGUGAUUAAUAACGAGCACGGCAGAGAGAUAAGACUUCGUUGUCGAUCUGAUUGAGACGUCAUACAGCGGUGGGCUUCAUGGUGACAUCGAAGUAAGCGGCCGCUGAUUUGGAAAUCUUGGAAAUUUCUCUCUUCCUAUGCGCGCGCUUUUCUGCGCAUAUUGCCGGCGUACGUAGAAGUACAUUCGAAGUUUUCGCCGAUAAUCCGACUUAGCAUCUGCUGCUUAACAAGGCGAGUAUAAUUAUCGAAGAUGCGAAGAAGACCGUUUCCCUAGUAGAUAUCCGCCUCGUUCCGGAUAGCCUGUACGAUUCUCAAGAACGGAGUGAAUUGAUGUUUUACUGAAAUGUGUGCUCAUCGUACCUAAAAUCAAGAUCGAAUUAAUUGACUGGCGAACGUACGAGAGCGAACAUCGAGGCUUUUAUCUUAUUCAGGAACCAAAAACUCUCUAAUUGGAGCGAACCACGAGCAGCGAAUGAUAUAACAAUGCGGUGAUGAAGACAUUCAAUUUGAAAAUAUAUAUAUCGCAACAAUACAUAUGUGGAUUAUUAAUGAGAAGACUGUAAUCAUAUCCAUUUAGAGACGCUGUAAUCCCUAUUAAUAUUGACAAGAAUUUGCAACGUUCUGUGUUUGGAAAAACGGCGAAAAUAAACGUGACACAUAUCGAUUGCCAAACGUAUCAGAUCGUAUCAGAUGGUAUCAGUCAAAACUCGCUGCAACGCUAUAUUAGAACUACUGCAAAAUUAAUUAAGCAUAAUCUCUAUCGAUACAUUUUACUCGUGUGGGACAUCGUUACGGUAUCGAGACAUCAACUUUAGAGGAUAAUUUUAUCGAAAACGGACGCAUAAACUAUCAAAGUUACAAGAUGUUAUACGUCAGAGUCGUCUGAACUUAUAUAGUAUAAGAUAUUGUUCGCGUCGAAGAGAAGAGGAAACGCAUUCUCGCUGUGGAAAUUUCUGGCGCGAUUACUCGUGAAAGGGAAGUGCCGUUUCCUGCGUCGAUCUCCUUUCUCCACUCAGACGUUUAAUUAGCGUCCUCGAUCGCGUAGAAAGGAGGAACUGAUCUGGGCCUUUCGACGUCAUUCGGCGGAGUCGGUCGAAGGAAGGUCGUAAACGAGGGAGAGACGAGAGGAUGUUGCUGAGGUAACACGACAUUUCGAGGCCGCACGAGAAGCACGAUAAUCGGAGCGCGCGCGCGGGGGAACGCAGGACGGAAGGUGUCGAUAAUCGCAGCGGGCGCACAAAGGAAUAAUCGAGGUGACGGCGAUAGGAGAUGGGCUUUCCCAGGAGAAGGUCGUUGUGGCUGAAGGUGGCGGUGCUGGCGACCGCCGUGUGGGUGACCGUCUGUUUCCUGCUCUACACUGAGGAUCGAGCGGCUGCUGUUCAAGGAUUGGCGCCGUCGGGCGUCGCGAUGCCGCCGCAGCAAGCGGCGAACGGCUUUGUGCCGCCCGCGGCGCCGUUUAGAAAAGAGACGCCCGGCAAUGUAUUCAGCAACAGGGUGAAGAUCAAUCAGGCCGGUCCAGAACAAGGUGGUGGAGUACUGGCUGUACCGCGGGAUCCGGAUGCUGUUGCACCCGGUGAGAUGGGCAGGCCUGUGAUACUGCCGACCAACAUGUCCGCACAGACCAAAAAGCUGGUGGACGAUGGCUGGCUUAAUAACGCAUUUAAUCAGUACGCCAGCGAUCUCAUCUCCGUGCACAGAUCCUUGCCCGAUCCACGUGACCAGUGGUGUAAGGAGCCUGGUAGAUAUUUGAAGGACCUUCCGCCUACAGCGGUAAUUAUUUGCUUUCACAAUGAAGCUUGGUCUGUCUUACUGCGUACGGUGCAUUCCGUUCUGGACAGAUCGCCGGAGCAUCUCAUACAAGAGAUCAUUCUCGUCGACGAUUUCUCCGAUAUGCCUCAUCUCAAACGUCAAUUGGAAGACUAUAUGAUGAAUUAUCCGAAGGUGAGGAUUAUCAGGGCGAAUAAACGAGAGGGCCUUAUCAGGGCACGUUUGCUAGGCGCCGCGGCGGCCAAGGCACCGGUACUCACGUAUUUGGAUAGCCAUUGUGAGUGCACGGAGGGUUGGUUGGAACCUCUUCUGGAUAGAAUCGCACGCGAUCCGACAACGGUAGUUUGUCCGGUGAUCGAUGUUAUAGACGACACCACUCUAGAAUACCACUGGCGCGACUCGGGCGGCGUAAAUGUCGGCGGAUUCGAUUGGAAUCUUCAGUUCAAUUGGCACGCCGUGCCAGAGAGGGAGAAAAAAAGGCACAAAAAUCCGGCCGAACCCGUUUGGUCGCCAACGAUGGCUGGUGGCCUCUUUUCGAUAGAUCGAGCCUUCUUCGAACGGAUUGGCACGUACGACAGCGGCUUCGACAUCUGGGGCGGUGAAAAUCUUGAAUUAUCAUUUAAAACCUGGAUGUGUGGAGGCACUUUAGAAAUCGUGCCGUGCUCGCACGUAGGUCACAUCUUCAGGAAACGUUCGCCCUACAAGUGGCGCAGCGGCGUGAACGUGCUCAAGAGGAACAGCAUAAGGCUGAGCGAAGUGUGGUUGGACGAGUACGCCAAGUACUACUAUCAGAGGAUAGGUCACGACAAGGGAAACUACGGUGACGUAUCGGAGCGGAAGGCCCUUAGGAAGAAACUAGGAUGUAAGUCGUUCAAGUGGUACCUGGACACUAUUUACCCAGAACUCUUCAUUCCGGGCGAGGCGGUCGCUUCAGGAGAGGUUCGAAAUCUCGGCGAGGGCGGUAACACCUGUCUAGAUUCGCCCGCUCGCAAGGCCGAUUUACACAAGCCAUGCGGACUGUAUCCCUGCCAUCGACAGGGUGGAAAUCAGUACUGGAUGCUCAGCAAGACGGGUGAAAUCCGUCGAGACGAGUCGUGCCUAGACUACAGCGGUAGCGACGUAAUCCUCUAUCCCUGCCACGGUAGUAAAGGGAAUCAACAAUGGAUUUACAGUCCUCAGACUAAUCACAUCAGGCAUGGCAGCAGCGACAAGUGUUUAGCGAUUACAGAGAGCAAGCAGCAACUAGUGAUGGAAGAAUGCUCACCCAAUGCACCAAGACAGAGAUGGUCCUUCGAGAAUUACGACCCGUCGAAGCUGUGAUACCGCGCUUUCUCGCGUCGUCAUUCGCACAAUCUCGGUCAGGUCGCCGGAUCUUGGCUGCCAGGGAAACGAUACUCGAUCGCCAAGACUCGCUUCGGCAGAUAAAUAUUUUGCAAUUCCGAGGAGAUAUUCUCCUGCGAAACCAUUCCAGAUCGCUCGAACGAUCAAGACAAACUCCACGCGAUUUCUCGAUGUUCGUCGAAACAAUUAGAAAGUUCAAGUCUAUCAUUUCAUUCGACAUGAUUGAAAUGUGGAGAACGAAACGAAAGAUUGCGAUGCAACGAAACAUUCGCGAGGACAAUAUACUUAGAUAAUUUUUUACUCAAGAAAAAUUGCAUUUAAUUAGAAUAACUUUUGAACGCCACGUGGUGUUGAUUUGAGUUGUAGUUGUCUUAAGUAUUCGUAGUAUUGCGAAAGGUUGGCCCGGAUAGGAUCAUGAACGAACGUGAUUGUAUCGACCUUCGAAUAGCUCUCGAUCAUCACUUUCGUUCGCUGAUCGUUCGCGCUUCCACGAAGAUCAAGGAAGCGGGAUGCUCGGUGCCAUCGCAGGAACGUAUCGACAUUUGCGAGCGAAUCGUCGAUUGUCAAUCGAGAUGACAGAGUAGAUUAUAGUGAAUAAUCUUUUCUCUCUAUAUUAUAACGCGCUGAUUCAAUUUUCGAGAACAAACUCCAAAACGUCUUCAAUAAGUUUAUGAACAAAUGCAUGAUAUGAACAAAUGGUUAUCUUUUAGAAAGCAUCAAGUGCCAAAUUUAAAAUAUUCUCAUUGUAAGCUUUUUCUAACUCUAGUGGCAAACUCUCCGAUGCAAUUAAAAUAACGAGCACGCAUCACUGUUAAAGAAAACCCGUAAUCGCGUGCGCCGAAUGAUUUAAGGAGAUUGUAUUAGACGAUAUUUGCGCAGUCAUACCCUUCUAUUAACUCAGAGUGCCAUGUGCGAGUUCGAAAGAAACGCGAUAGGAAUUAUAACUCUCUUAACGCAAGUUGCGUUAAAAUAACUGGAUUUAUUCUCUCACGCAAAGGCUUACAGAAUAUCUCGCAAUCAGAGAUAGUUUAUUCUUAAUUUUGACGAAUUUAUUUCUGAUUAUUUGUUGGUAGGAAUUUUCAAGAUAGUAGCUGUUUGUAUCUAUUGACAAAUCUCUACUUUUCAUUUCAUCGCAAAACUGUAUGUGAUAAUUUUGAUUAAUCACUAUCGUUAUCCCACCUGUAAAAGUAGUUUUCAUACAUGCGUAUUGUAUCAGUCGACGAUUCAACGAUCCGCGAUGGCAUUCGUUAAUAGCCCAACGUAGUCUCUUUCUUUUCGAAGAUAAAGUUUGCAUUCCAUAGUCUAGAUGAUAAAACAAAGACGGCGACGUUUGGCGUAGCUAAAAGAGUAUUUCUUCUUUUUUAAUUUUUAAUUUAGAUACUCGUAAGUAAUUUUAAGGGAAACGCGCAGAUGAAAAGCGGCGAAACAUUCCGAAUAUACAGGCGAAUUGUUUCAUUCUGUUUGUACAUUCGUGUAAGAUAUAUGUCUUGAUGCCAGUUCAGGAUAUAAGUACCGCCUAAGUAAAUCGAAGGAAGUGUUCUCUAAAUGUGUGAAUAUGCAUGAACUAUUAAUACAUGAACUUCUCUUAUCUUCGCUUUCGACAGUCGCGAACGCGAGUGACUCGUGAUUGCGAAACAACGAUUAGUUAAAUGUGUAUAAAUCUGCUAAUGAAUACAAAACAGAGUAUACUUUUAUAGAGAACCAUAAGUUUUUUUUUUGUUAUAAGUUCAACUACAUAUCACAGUACGAACAAGAUUUGACGAAAAAAAACAUAGUUCUCAUAUCAAAAAAUCGAGAUUACAAUUGUUAACAAGUUUUUUCACUUGUUAGUUAUAAAUACAAAUUUACAAAAUGUUUUUCUGGAAAAUAUCUAUUAUAUAAUUGCAGCGUAGUCUGGCAAUUUUAUAUUUCAUGUAAUUUUUUAAGCAUUUUAGUUUCAAAAAUAAUUUUUACGUGCCAACAAAAUCGUAGAUAUCGCUACACAUCCAGAAAUAUAUGAUAAUUGUCGACAAUUUUUAUUAUUUUCAAGUAACCUGCGUUAUUUGUGAUUUUUCUACGAGUUCCGUCAUGUGAUGCAAUUUUAUACAUAUCUCUUUCUUCUUAAGUUAAAUUUUAUAAAAAAAUAUUUAAUUUUAUCUUAAAGAAAGAAGGAAGAAAAAAAAGGAAUUGUGAAUAAAAUUUAAAUAUUAUGUAUGAAAAAAGAAAUAGAAAAAAAAGAUUAAACGUACAUAUUCUGUUAAAAUCAGCCAAAUGAGAUGUUCAGAAAUCGCAACGAAAAAUGAAAAGUUACGAUUUGCACUUUUCGUGAAUGAAAUAGAUCGCGUUCAGGUUUGCGAUUUUGUGUGUAAUUAAUCGUGUGAAUGUUAACAUAUGUUUAAUUGCAUAAAAGAUUCCAUAGAAAAAAAAAGAAAAAGGAAGAAAGAGAGAGAGAAGAGAGAAAGAAAUAGCGAGUUAACGCUAGGCUGUGUACGAAUGUGUGCUUAAUUAGAUAUGACUAACUAGCGGUUUUCAUCUUCGGGCUAAUCAAGUUUCUCGAAACCGCAAUUUUUGCCAAUGCGAGACACAAGACACGUUGAAUAGUUUAGAGAGUGUGAUUGUAUGUUGCGGAUAAUCUUGGGCGAAGGAUUUCGCUUCGAAAUUAUCGGUCCUGAUGGCCAACAUGAACAGAUUACUCGCGAACGCAAGUCGAGAAGAAGUUUAUACAGAUUCUAUAUAUAUGACAUUUUCUACGUUUGGUAAGAACGUUGCAUAUCGUAAGAUGAUGGGAGAUGAGAUUGAUAGUAUACAUAAUAAAUAAACGCGAAUGAAACGCGAUCACGCUGGAACAAUGCUUCCUGCGUAACACGGCGUUCGUCGCGCGUUUAAUUAAUGUAAUAUCGAACGUGCCUUAUUUCGUGUAUAUAUAAAUAUUAUUAUAUCAUUAUAUAUAUACAUUACUACAAACUCUAUCACAUAACGUGCAAGUAUUUGUGUUGAAUAAAUCGAUGUUGUUUUAUGUUA